UGUGGGAUUUGUGAAUCAGUCUGUUAGGCUUGGGAAGUGUGAUUUUUUUUUUUUUUGUCUUUUCGGCUAAAUGGGUGAUCACGCAUUCGCUUUGCAGUUGCCUGGUCCCUCUAACAUCAUAUCCAUGUCGGAGUUGUCCCAGUUCAUCAGAUUCUACAGCAGCCCAGCGAGCCCGGUGUAUGAUCUGCUAAAUUACAACAAUAAUAAUAACUCCUCGUCUCUGUUUCCCCCCGUUGCAGCUCAGCAAACCAUGCAGGAUGAUUUACUGAUGGACAAAAACAAAGCCCAGCCUCAUCAUCAGCAAGAUCCGACGCAAGCAGACCCUCCUCCCUCCACCCCGACCCCGUCAUCGGAACCCACUUCUUCUUCAUCGGAGUCGGAGAGCCCGUCAGCCGGGAGCAACCAAGCGGCUUCAGCGCUGAACAGCAGCAGCAAGGACAAAGUGCCGAUGGAGUCGCCGAUCCUGCCCGGGUUGAGCUUCCACCACCAGCCGCAGGAGACCAGCGGUCCCCUGUCCUCCCCUUCCUCUUCGUUUGGGAGCACUUGGUCCACGGGGUCCACAAACGCCGUGGACGAUAGCUUUUUCCAGGGAAUACCCUCGGUGAACGGGACGAUGCUUUUCCAGAACUUCCCCCACCACGUCAACCCGGUCUUCGGGGGUAAUUUCUCCCCGCAGAUGGGUCUGGCUCCCCAGUCCCAACAGCAUCAACAGCAAGCCCAGCAGCAGCAGCAGCAGCAGCAGAGGAGAUCCCCUGUCAGCCCUAACCAAGGCCCCUUCCCCCAGAGAAACGCUUAUCAGACCAUCAUGAAUAACAGCAAGGGGUCGUCGUCGUCUUCUUCUGCCCCGUCGUCCGCUUGGAAUAAUCACCAAAACGCCGCAUGGAACACAGCCUCCAACCCCUGGAGCGGGCUGCAAGCAGGCAGGGACCCGCGCAGAGCGGUGGGCGUCGGGGUCGGAGUCGGCGUCGGGGUGCCGUCCCCCCUGAACCCUAUCUCCCCAAUGAAAAAGCCCUAUAGCAGCAAUGUUAUAGCACCCCCUAAAUUCCCAAGACCUGGUCCCCUCACCCCCAAGCCGUGGAUGGAGGACAGCGCCUUCAGGACUGACAACAGCAACAACAUACUGCCUUUCCAGGACCGGAAUCGGCCCUUUGAUGCUUUUAGCUUGCACUCUUUGGAGAAUUCCUUAAUGGAUAUGAUAAGGACUGACCAUGACAAAGGUAAACCACACCCUGCCGGUGGCCCACCAAUGACUAUCGCUGAUAUUAUAUGGAGGAAUCAUUUUGCAGGACGUAUGGGUCUCAACUUUCAUCAUCCUGGAGCAGACCAUAUAAUGCCAUUGAAUACCCGGAGCUAUGGCCGCAGAAGAGGUCGCUCCUGUCUGUUUCCCUUUGAAGAUGGUUUCCUCGACGAUGGCCAUGGCGACCCCUCCUUGACCCCGGGCCUGAACUCGCCAACCCGCUGUCAGAACGGAGAGAGGAUGGAGCGCUACUCCAGGAAGGUCUUUGUCGGAGGCCUCCCCCCUGACAUAGAUGAAGAUGAAAUCACCAACAGUUUCCGUCGCUAUGGGCACCUGGUGGUAGACUGGCCCCACAAAGCUGAGAGCAAAUCCUACUUCCCACCGAAAGGCUACGCCUUCUUGCUCUUCCAGGAAGAGACUUCUGUUCAGGCCUUGAUCGACGCCUGCAUCGAGGAGGAUGGCAAGCUCUACCUGUGUGUAUCCAGUCCCACCAUCAAAGACAAACCGGUCCAGAUCCGUCCCUGGAAUCUAAGCGACAGUGACUUUGUCAUGGACGGCUCCCAGCCUCUGGACCCCCGCAAGACCAUCUUCGUAGGUGGGGUGCCGCGGCCCCUGCGUGCAGUGGAGCUGGCUAUGAUCAUGGACCGGCUGUACGGAGGUGUUUGCUACGCGGGCAUCGACACUGACCCAGAGCUCAAAUACCCAAAGGGAGCCGGCCGCGUGGCUUUCUCCAAUCAGCAAAGUUACAUUGCUGCCAUCAGCGCUCGCUUCGUUCAGCUGCAGCACAAUGACAUCGACAAAAGGGUGGAGGUGAAGCCGUACGUCCUGGAUGACCAGAUGUGUGAUGAGUGCCAGGGGGCACGCUGCGGGGGGAAGUUUGCCCCCUUCUUCUGUGCCAACGUCACAUGCCUGCAGUACUACUGCGAGUACUGCUGGGCCAGCAUCCACUCGCGAGCCGGCCGAGAGUUUCACAAGCCACUGGUGAAGGAGGGGGGCGACCGACCUCGACACGUGUCCUUCCGCUGGAGCUGAGGGGGGGUCACGAGUCAGCCCUGCCCCUGGUGAACCCACACUCGACCCCUAAAAACCUCCUGCACCCCUCCUACCUUACAGGCCGGGACAGUGCUGCAACACUCCCCCCCCCCACACACACACACACACACACACACACACACACACCCCCACACACAGCCCCACCUACUCCACCCUGCUCCCCACAAACACCUCAUGAAAAAAGCAAAAAGGAUACCGUCAAAUACACGGGACUUUCCUCAUACCAUACUGAACUCAUUGUCUGGUGUUCCCCUCUGAUGAAGCAUUGCGGGGAAAUGAAAUGCGAAAGUCUAUCAACAAUUUGCACUUUGGCACAAAAUCCCACUAUACACACACAGGAUGGUAUAUUAGACACCUGGCUAUUUUCAGUUCCCCAUUCUAUUCACUAAAUGGUGUGGUACGUCCUGUUGGACCCCCCCUUACUGAGACAGAGGUGGGACCAUACAAAUAUUUAAAAAGUAUAUAUUUUUUUGUUUUGUACCUAUCUAUACAUAUAUAGAUAAUUAAAAUUUUAUGUAAAAUGAGCAUGCACUUAUUUUCAAAAGCUGUAGUUAUAUUGCCCCUAGGAAAAAAUCAUUACCAAAGGCAAAUUAAUGCAUACAGAAAAGCUAAAUAGGUGGCAUAAGAUGUAGCAAGAUUUAACAACUAUCCAGUAGUGUGGGCCCUUAUUGCCCCGAGAAAAAGUAACAUGGCUAUAUUUGCUCUCAAUUUUGACUCUGAAUAUUAAUACCUCAUAUGCGCAAUCAGAUUAGUUUGCUUUCGAAUUCUAGGUCUUUAUUUUUAUAAUAACAUUAUUUUUUAGUGUUAUAUAAAUGUACUGCUGCAAUAGCUUUGCUGCUAAAUCCAUGGUAUAAACAGAUACCAUAAGUACUUUAUUGAGGCUAGGGUAUAAAAUAAUAAAUAACAGAUCUAGAGAAGCACCUGGUGUUGUAGAAUGACGAGCUAUCAUAGGGGGAGGGGGCGCCCCUAGACAAUGAUGGCUACCUUUGUGGGGGUCGGGGUGGGUUGCCCCUAACUGCAUGUUUAUUUCAAUCAGGUUGCUGCAUGUAAUAGACUUUUCAGUAUCAUGUCUACUAUUCGAUUCUGCCCAUGUUUGCACAACACACUAUAGACGUACGUUCGACUCGCACGAAACUGGACAGAAACAUGGAAGACCGGUCAAAGUAGUCAUGGCGGCGCGUCGGGGCUCGCAAGCCAUGCCACAGGGCGGCCAGAGCAGAUGGUUCCAAGACACAUCCAAGCGACAGGGGAAAAAAAAAAAACAACCUUAAUAAUCACAAAUCAAAUUAAAUGUAGGAUUACCAUUUAAAACUGUCUAUGAUAGGUGAAGUACUUUUUUGCAGUGAUUGUUGAUAUAAUUGUGCAAUUUUUUAUACCGUAUGUAGUUAGGUCUGAGUAUGCCUAGAACUGUGAUUCGCUUUAACUGUCGUUAAUGUCCGACAUAGAAGUCCUGUGAAACUUCAUAACUAGUGUAUGCACACGUAUAUAUGUUCUCUUGUACACACACUUGCACCAGUAUACACAGAAGCCUCUCGACACACACGAACACACACACGGACGGCUGUCUUUCUUACGCACACAAACAGGCCUACAAACACAGAGGCUGAUCUGAAGAGAAGACGCAACAAUGUGAGUUUAAACUGAGGACUGAGGUCUUUCUUUUAUUCUUUUUCUUUCUUUUUUUUUGUCCCACCGUUGACGAACGCGCACGUUUACGUCCCAGAAUGCAACCAAAGAGCUCACGUGUUCGACUUUUAACAAGACCACCUAACAACCUGCAGAUGAGGCUCCUGCAGAGGAGCUGAAGUGCAGUUGAUUAGAUGAGGAAAGAGGGCAGUUUGGAAGAAGAAUCGGGGGUGGAGAUGGGAUAAAAAUAAAACAUUGAAGCUACUGGAGACUUGAGGUUGAGAAACUGAGCUCUGCACAUGCUCUAACUACAUGAGUGGGGUGGGUGGGAAUAACAUUGCCCCAGAAGAUGCAGAUGUGCAAGCUGGGGCUACCAUAUUUAUCCAGAUUUUUUUUUUUCCUGCAAAGCUUGAAGUAAUGGACCUGCUAAAAAAAUGGUGGACAUGUAUAUCUUUUAGUUUUUUUCAAAAGGUUAUAGUGCGCAGUUCAAACAGGACUGGGGAAGGGGGAAGGUAGUUGCAAUGCACAAAACAGGGCGGCUCUGGUUUGGGGGUAGGGGUGGGGGGGCCAAGUUACACUGGUUUUAGCAGUUUUGUGGACAAUCCGAACGGGAUCCUACAUCAUUGCAAGUUAAUGUGUGUCGUCCCCUUAUUUUUUUUUGUCCGUGAGUUGUGAUUGUCCCGUGCUGGCGCCCCGCAGUCCCUCUCCUCUUUCUCCUAUUAGUCGCAAACUGUUUUGUUUUUGUUGUUUGUUUGUUUUUUGCUUUAGGAUGGAUGGUUUUUGUUGUCCAAGAAAAAAACUAAUUGAAACUAAAGAGAAGAUACUUUUUUACUGACUUAAAAAAAUAAGAGGCUAACCAUGAGUAAUAAUAAGUAUCCCUAUGAAAGUGAAUUCUGGGUGUUUUUGUGACAUUUCUUUCCCCACCCAGACAGGUUUUCUAUGUUUGUUCCUUCUCUAUGAUAGAUAUUUGUUAUGCACUACUCUUUGUAUCUGAACAGUUUUCGACGGUCAGCAGUUCUUUUUGUUAAAAGACAAAAAAAGACGAUAAAGCGUGCUUUCUGACUGACAAGAUCUUUUGCAAUACCUCAAUUUUGAAAUAUAUUAGGAGAGAAACUGAUAUUUUCUAAGUAAGUUUAUUCAGAUGAAAAUAUAUAUUAAUUUAAUUCUUCAAGAGAAAUGAUUUAACAGAUGGCUGAUUUUUUUUAUUUUUAUCAUGCUUAUUUGCCUUUUAUUUUAAGAAUUUAUUUUUUUGAAAAAGACAACAACUGAAGGAGCUAGAGCUUUAUAACUAAUAUAAUGAUGUAGUUAGUGAAAGUACAGUCUACUUUAUGACAGUGGAAGUUACUGUGAGUGUCCCACUGGUCAAAUUGGUCAAAACACCACAGAAGAGCUCUUUAGGAAAAAAAAAAAAAUAUAUAUAUCAGGUGCUCAGAGAGAAAACUGAACAUAUUUCCCACGUUUUUUGUAUAUUUAUAAUCAAUCAUUUACUAUGCUGACCAGAGUUGUGAAAGAGAUCUUCUGUUCAUUAUUUUUUUAAGAGAAGUUUUUUAUGUUUCCUAAACGUACGUGUUCCCUUUUGUUUUGUAAAAAAGCAAGGUGACCCUGAUUUGUUAGCCUGACAUCGUCGGGAGAAAAAUACAAGGAGACUUGUGAGAGUCACUGAACAGCUGGAGGUAGAGAGACAAGAAUGUUAUUUUUAACACAAAACAGACACAAGUGUUUUCACCUGUAACUUGAUCGGAAGCCCCCAAGGUGCAUCAAUUGACUGGUGGCCUUCUAUUCACGCAAGACUUGAAUUAGUCCCAUUUUUUUUAAGGCUAAGAACCUUGAUUCUUUGUUGUAAUGUGCAAUACUGUUUGUACUGUUUGUAGAAAAGAAGAAAACAAGAAAAAGAGGCAUAAAUCUUUAUUGCAGAGUUAUUUUCAUUGCAAGCAUUGUGAUUCACUAAAAUCAUUUUCUACUGUGUAUUUACCUACUCUACCUGCUAGUACCUUCCAGUAGUAAUGUAGCCUUUGUACUGAGAAAUUUUCAUUAUUUUUAGAAAGUUUUGCUAAAAAAAAAAGAAUUUAAACAUAUUUACAUAUUUUCAUUUUUAUUUCAUAUUUUUCUUUACAUACUUAUUUCUCAACCAUUAAUAGUUAUUUCUGGGGGAGACUUUUCAUAUCUGGUCAAUGUCAUAAAUAUUAUUUUGUAUUUUUACUUGGAAUAAAUUAAUUUUAUGAUGCUAAUUCUUUAAAAGUUUUUUUUCUUCGUUUGUUCACUUUUUUUCCCAUUUUUUGAAGCUGGAAAAAAAAACAACCUUUGUAAUAAUGUUACUAAAGUGUCUCAAUUCUUGAAAUGCUAAGCUUUGUGUGUUAACUGCUUACAUUAGUGUGAAAAUGAUUACGGAGAAAAAAAGAACUCCUCAAAACAACAGAUUGGUGGUUGGUGAUGUUUAAGUGAUUCGCAAUGUAAACAAAUGAAUGGGCAAUAAAAUAAAUAUGGCAGAAUGGAGCAUA